AUGACGCAUCUCGCGAGCGGGAAGGAUAUAUCGACAGGUCCUCUGAAUAGGAAGGACGAACAGAAUCGGCUGAUAGCACUUGAGCAUGCUGCUUCUGAAACUGAAGAUGCUUCGAUGGAGGAAGGUUUACCAGCGCUGCCCGAGGGCAUGCAGUCAAUGCGUCCAAGCCCGGAGCCGGCCAUAGUGCCUACCCAUAUUCAGACAGACUCUCCCGUAUUGCCGCCUUCACCGCGACAUGAUGAGGCCAUCGACGACAUCCCCGUCUGGGAUCCAGACGAACAGCACACAGUACCUGCCACACCCUCCAUGCGCGACGACAUGGACCUCGAUGGUGAUAUUCCCAUGCAGGAUCGAGAUGACGAGCCUGCAGUAGAUAGGAGCAACAUCGUGUCUCAGACGGAAGAAAUUCGUGCUUAUCAGCGACACAUCAAAAGUCUGCUGCUGAAGGUGAACGCAGCCAAUGUACGACCCAAUGCGUCACCCACCUCGGCGCCUGCGGGGAGCAGUGCGCGGUUGUCUCCUGAAGAGCGACAAUCGCGUCUGGCAAGGUUGAUCCGCUCGAUACCGCAAUGUGACCAGAGACGACGGUUCCGCGAUACGGAUAGCAGGAGCGGAGAUAGAAGAGAACUCGGGAUUGUGGAGAAGGAGCCGGGCUAUGACAAGAAGAUGCUGGAGGACCUGUUCAAGGGGGCUUGAUCAGGUUGGGGUAGUGAUGGCUUUGCGUUGUAGGUAGCGUUGAAUUGAGCUGUCUGCUGCUACAAUGCAUACCCAAGACUAUGUCUCUCUCCCGACUGGAUGAAUGGCAGUGAUGAAGAAGUGAGCGGUCACUGAUCAGACGGUGCACGUGAAGGCACCACAGAGCAUAUUGAGAAGCCACAUGAGCCAGACCAAGUAAUUUCAGGCAUCCUCGGGUAGGCAGCAGCAUCCUCUUGUACUUCAUAUUUUCCAUACAACAGACCGAGAAC